AUGAAUGCAAUGUUGUACACCAAUGGAAACAACAAAAACUAUACGCCGUACGUAGGCUCAGAGCCAGUCUACCCGGACCACUUGCCUGGCCAACAACAUGCGAUCGUGGCCCGCUUUGCGAGCCACAACUCCCAGAGCUACAUGUUCGCAACCGAACAGCUCGUCCAGCUCAGGCGGGCUGAGGUUGCGGAGGAUCGCAGCCUCAGCCCGCCAGCUGGAAGUGAGGUGUACGCCAGGGACCGCGCUGCAGGGGAUAAAUACCCUUACGCCUCCAGAUUCCAACCUCCGCCUGCGUACGCUCGGCCCAAGGGACCAGGCCCAGCCCAGAUCGGUUUCCAGAAGGAGAAAAGCCCUACUUUGGUAAAUUACCACUAUGACCCUACGCCUUUCUAUAGUGAAAAUGACGAUCAUGAUCAAGAUAUGUAUGCCGACACUACAUGUAAGGGGCCGAUAAAGCCCGAUUGCCUUUACGGUAAGGGUAAAAAGGCCGACGACGACGGCGAAGUUUACACUAAUAUUCGAAACCGUGACCGGAGACCGUAUAACGGGCCCGUAAAGCCCGAUUCCCUUUACGGUACCGUUAAAAAGCCCGACAAUGCUUACACUAGCAUUCCAAACCGUGAUCGGACACCGUACGACGAGGGGCCCAAGCGUAAUUACGGUUAUGCCCCUCGUGGGCCGAAGAUUCCACCGCAAAUCAAAACUAUGGUGGGAGACUCGGAGUUCGGGAAUAAGGAGAAGCCGAAUAAACCGCAACAGGGCAACAACCGGGAAGUCAUAGAUAGCAGCGAAGCGCGUAAAAGGUACGGGAGGCCGGGUGGGACCCACGUGGAGGAGAAGUAUGGGGGGACGAUCGACUGUAGGGAGGCUGCGAGGAAGUAUAAGGGCGUGUUUGUUACCGAUUGA